UAAUCCUUGGCAAAUUAAAAUGAUACUUAGCCUCUUUUAACUUGUAAACAAUUUAGUUGGUAGUUGAAUUUAUAAAACCUGACGAUGCACAUCCUGUGCACGAUAUGCAGCGACCUGGUGAACCCGGCCGAGAGCCUGUACGUCACCAAGUGCGGCCAUCUCUUCCACCACCAGUGCCUCGCGCAAUGGAUCGAGAGAUCAAAAUCUUGUCCACAAUGCCGCAACAAGGUGACAGACCGGUGCAUGUUCCGCAUGUACCCCACGGUGUCGAACGAGAACUCGGGGGAGGAUGCGGCGACCCUGCAGUCGCGGCUGGACGACGCCAUGCUGCAGCUGCGGACACAGAAGACAGAACAGAAGGAACUGAGAGACAAGCUCACUGCUGCCACACAAGAGGCUAGCAAGAAAGAGGAGCUACUAAAAGCAGCAGAGAAGCGACUUGUGAGCCGGGAUUCAGCCGUGUCAGCACUGCGGGAACAGCUAGAGUAUGUCAAAAUACAGAACAGAGAGACACAGCGGCUGAAGGAAGAAAAUGAGGUGCUCAAGAAGAAUAUGCAGACUCUCAAUGGGUUACAGAAGGUGCUGAACGCUACAGCGGGCGAAGUGGAGGAGACACUAAAAGGCUACUCUGAUCUGCGCACGCUCGCCACCUUUGCCGCGGCGCUUAAACGUGCGCUGUGCGACUCGGAGUCCAAGAAGCGCUCCUGCCGGGAGCUGCAGCACAGCGCCGAGCAGCGCCUCGCCGCCAUGCGCGCCCGGUACGAGGACCUGCAGGCCAAGUUCGGGCAAGUUCAAGAGAACCUAACGAGCAUGGAGCGCAAAUACGAAGCGCUAAAACACAAGCGGAAAGCGAGCGGAGAAGCGGAGCCGCGCGACGCCAAGCAGCCGCGCCCCGCGCCCGCUACACCCUCCGCUUCCGCUUCCUCGCCCGCGCCCGCGCCCGCCUCCGCUACAUCCACGCCGCGGCUGAGCAGCAGUUUGAACGAAAUUGUCGUUGACGUCGUCACUGAGAAGGAAGAUAGCUUUAACACGGCCGUGAGACGCAUCGUACAGUCGGACUCCCCUUACUUGAACCUGAAGCAGAGCGGCCUCGCGCUGGGCACCUUACACCAGCGGAGACCUGUGCCAGCGGCCAAUCUGAAGCCGUCCGAAUUCGCGAUCCUGCGCUCGGCGCCCACCAGCAUCUUCCACAAGCCGCCGGCGCUCGAGCCUCCCCGCGACGACCUCAACACCGCCUUCCACAGGACCGCCCCCCUCCCCCGCCCCCUCCCCUACGACGGGCUGGGGGGACACAGUCAACCCGACACCUUUCCCACUCCGAGACCCAAGGUGCCGAAGAUUACUAGUAAACAUAAGCUGAAGAGGUUCAAUUCGACUGGUAGUAGGGAUAUAUCGCAAAUGUUUGCCGGUUUAAAGGAUAAGGACUAAAGUUAUAUCGUAGAUAGUUUUACUUUUGUGCCAAAAAACGCAAAUAGAGACGAAUUGAGGACAGUUGACCUGUCAUUCAGAUAAAAUAAAGGUACCAAUGAAAUUAAACGGCGUACCGUUAAUAGCACUUCAUCACAGCUGCCGCCCUCCCGCACGACGGGCUGAGGGGACACGGCCAACCUCACGACUUUCCCACUCCGAGACCUAAAGUACCUAAGAUUACUAGUAAACCAUAAGUUGCAGAGGUUCAACUCGACAGUCGACAGGUAGUAGGGAUAUAUCGCAAUGUUUGCCGGGCUGAAGGACAAACACUAAAGUUAUAUUCUAGACACUCUUUUGUACCAAUAAUAUGCUAAAAAUAUAGAUCAGAGACAAAUUGAGGAUAGUUCACCUGCUAUUUUGAUGCCAAGGUAUAAAAUCACGGUAUCAAUCAAAUAAAAUAGUGUACCAAGUGUACAAGUGCAACACAACUGCCUCUCUCCCGCCUGACGGGCGAGGGGGACACGGGAAACCCUAAAGUGCCUAAGAUUACUAAAAUUCCAUAAUAGUUUUAGCAAUUUUCUUUCAAAUUGAAACUUUGGCACGUUAUUACUUGCUUUUCUUUUAUAUUUUCCCGUGUGUAUAUUAAACACAAACAAAUAUGCUGUUAUUUAUAACAUGUUCACGAGAUUUUGUUGCAUCAUGUCCCGCCCUAUUUCGAUAUUAAUCUUGUAUAAUUAAUAAUUAUCCAAGAUUGUUAUUUGUAUGUAGUUAGUUAAACAAUUAGUAGAAUAUGUACAGACUCCACCAGCAGAGCUGUGUUGUUACUGUUAAGAACAAUUGUUAAUAAGAAUCAAAUGUGAUUGAUUUGUUUAAUGUGUGUAUUAUGUGUCAUAAUAAGAAUAAUGAAGUAGCUAAGAACUCUACAGCAAGACUGAUAUGAUAACAUCACAAUAAAUAAUAUAUAAUUA